AGUCAUUCUAUCUCACCCCUCGUGUUCGUGCGCACUUCCUUGAAAUUUUCAGAUUUCUAAGCUCAUGCUUCGAGGAAGCGCCUACCAGUAUGAAAGAGAAAGAUACGCUCUAAGCAAUUAAGGUUCCUGCCAUGGAGUGCGAACUCAAGGUCCUGAAUUCAAAACCGCCUAAAUCGAGUACGAAACAACCCGACCCUAUCUGCCAUGUGGUCUCCACCGCCGACGACCGUCCUCUUCUCAACUCCAACUCUUCUGUCUCCUCCAACAGCCUCCGAGAGGUUGAGAACAAAUUCGCUCCCUUCGUCAGACGCGAUGUUUACGGAGCCAUGGGGCGUGGACCCUUGCCGAUGAAGGAGAAGCUGUUGCUGGCUCUGGCAUUGCUCACAUUAGCUCCAAUUAGGGUCGUCCUGAUCAUCGCCAUCCUGAUAUUGUAUAACUUUAUUUGUAGGAUCUGCACACUAUUCUCCGUCCCUUAUCGGGAGGAUGGACAGGAAGAUUACGCGCAUUUGGGAGGGUGGAGAAGGUCCGUGAUUGUUUGGUUUGGCAAAGCUCUCCCCAGGCUCAUCCUUUUUGUUCUAGGGUUUUACUGGAUCAGUGAGACCUAUCGGACUCCGCAUACUGAUGAUGACAAGCCCACCGCUGAGAAGAAAGGAAAGAACCAAUCUGAAGAGAUAGGAAGACCUGGUGUAAUAAUAUCUAAUCACGUGUCAUACUUGGAUAUUUUGUAUCACAUGUCUUCCUCAUUCCCAAGUUUUGUUGCGAAGAGAUCAGUGGCUAAACUUCCUUUAGUUGGUCUCAUCAGCAAGUGCCUUGGCUGUAUCUAUGUUCAGCGGGAAUCAAAGUCAUCAGACUUUAAGGGUGUUUCAGGUGUUGUCACUGAAAGAAUUCAAGAAGCUCAUCAGAAUAAGGUUUCUCCUAUGUUGCUAUUUCCAGAAGGUACAACCACAAAUGGCAACUUUCUUCUUCCAUUUAAGACUGGUGGUUUUUUGGCAAGUGCUCCAGUACUUCCUGUAAUUCUAAAAUACCCUUACCAGAGAUUUAGUCCUGCCUGGGAUUCUAUAUCUGGGGUGCGCCACAUAGUUUUUCUCCUCUGUCAGUUUGUAAAUCAUUUGGAGGUGACACGGUUACCUGUCUACUGUCCCUCUCAGUUAGAGAAGGAUGAUCCCAAACUUUAUGCUAAUAAUGUUAGAAGUUUGAUGGCUGCUGAGUUUUGCUUGCAGGGUAAUUUGAUUCUUUCAGAUAUUGCGCUGGCUGAAAAGCGGAUAUAUCUUGCUUCUCUCGAUGGUUCCGUUUUCCGUUGAUAAUUCGGAUUCGUGGUCCCUGUACAUUCCUUGUGUGGUUCUAUUGGUAAAGAAAAUGAAAUUUAUAAACAUUAAAAAAAAAAAAACAGAACUCUGCAGAACUAAUAUUCACUAGUGGAUUUGUAUCUGAAUCUUUAUCCGCCAGUAGAGCUUUAAUGCGUAUUUCAAACCGAAGUCUCCAUUUCUAAUAUUAGAUGACGAAUUUGUUGUGGCCGAGUGGGAUCUUCUCCAGCGUGGGAUGGUGAUUUUAAAACGGCAUUGCUGAUUCUGAUUAUUUGAUGCAGCGCAUAUGGAGAGCUAGUUUAUGUUGUAAAUUUGUAAUCUAGUGAUGGUUUGUAGGCGCAAAUUUUGGACAUUUGAAUGUCUUGCAGGCCAGUACUUGGAUCA